GUUUGCAGCUUUGAGUCACCGCGGCUUGAUUGUGUCGUUUUAUCGCGAAAUUUUGAGAAUUUUGAUUUGAUUUUCUUUUUAUUUUCCCUCCAACCAUGGGCGAAGAACGUGAAGCUACCCGGACGGAGUACAAGCUGGAGAUGGACUCCGAGCUGCGGUUCGAAAUUGAGAACAAAAACGAGAAGGUCACCGUUACGCUGAUGAACGGCCACGCCGAGCUGUUCGGAACGGAGCUGGUGAUGCGCAAGCCGUACGAGUUCGGGGUCGGUGCCAAGGUGGCCAUAUUCACCUACCACGGGUGCACGAUCGAGCUGCGCGGCAAACCGGACGUGGCGUACGUGGCCCGCGAAACGCCGAUGGUCCAAUACCUGAACUCAAACUCCGCGCUGGAACAUUUGCGGGCCAAGGCCGAACAGGACGACACCCAGGGACCGGUGGUGAUGAUCGUGGGACCGAUGGACGUGGGCAAAACGACGCUGUGUCGGAUCUUCCUAAACUACGCCGUUCGGUUGGGACGUAGACCGAUCUACGUGGAUUUGGACGUUGGCCAGGGAGGCAUCGCCAUACCGGGGACGAUCGGAGCGUUGCUGGUCGAACGACCCGCGCCGGUGGCCGAAGGAUUCUCCCAGCAGGCUCCACUAGUGUACCACUUUGGACAUACGUCCCCGUCGGACAACGACGUAUUUUACGGAGUGCUGAUUUCAAAACUAGCCGAGACCACCCUCGAGCGGCUGGAAGCCAACAAAAAGGCCAAAUACUCAGGCAUGAUCAUCAACACGUGCGGCUGGGUCAAGGGAGGAGGUUACCGCCACAUCCUUCACGCCAUCAAAGCCUUCGAAGUGAAUGCCGUCUUCGUUCUAGACCAGGAACGACUCUACAACGAGCUGCUCCGGGACGUGGAACGAGCCGUGCAGAUUGUGUUCCUGCCCAAAAGUGGUGGCGUCGUCGAACGCACCAAGUCGCAACGUGCCGAAGCGCGGGACAAUCGCGUCCGCGAGUACUUUUACGGGUCCAAAAUGCCGCUCUACCCACAUUCCUUCGACGUCAAGUUCAGCGACGUCAAAAUCUUCAAGGUCGGUUCGCCAGCGCUGCCCGAUUCGUGUCUGCCGCUGGGCAUGAAACGGGAAGACAACUACACGAAGCUGGUGGCCGUUCAGCCGGGACCGCAGCUGCUGCACCACAUUCUGGCGGUGAGCUUCGCCGAGAGCACAGAUGAUAACGUAAUCCAGAGUAACGUGGCCGGGUUUAUCUGCGUGACGAACGUCAGCAUGGAGAAGGAAGUGCUGACGAUUUUGUCACCGCAGCCGAGGCCGCUGCCGCAAACUAUUCUGCUGGUGUCUGAUUUUCAGUUUAUGGAUAGUCAUUAGAUUUAUUGACGAUUUUGUUGUAAAUAAAGAUUUUCA